UGGACAUUCUGAAUCGUCUCUCCUUCUCAUUCUAAUAAAGAAUACAGAGGGAGAACCCAUCGUUGAAAGAUGAAUGUCUUCUCUCAGCUCCAUAGCGCUCCAUUUUACUCUUGCCGGCUCCUCUCCUCCCGUAUCACCACUCCAAACCCUAAAUCGAAUGUCUCCUUUCGCCUCACUUUCCCCUCUCCUGCUACCCCCGCCGCCACCCUCUCCACUUCGGAUCUCUCGGCUGACAUCAACAAACCUGUUGUCGUCGUCGGCUCCGCAAACGCCGACAUAUACGUCGAGAUAGACCGGCUUCCCAAAGAAGGCGAGACUGUCGCGGCCCGCGAUGGCCAGACCCUCCCCGGCGGGAAGGGUGCUAAUCAGGCAUGUUGCGGUGGCCGCCUUGAGCACCCGACCUACUUUGUAGGCCAGAUCGGCGAUGAUGCGCAUGGACGACUUAUUGAGGAUGCGCUCCGUGGUGGUGGUGUUCGGCUUGACCGCCUCGCGCGAGUCUUUGCAGUUCCUACGGGCUUUGCUGUAGUCAUGCUGAAGCCUGAUGGUCAGAACUCUAUUAUCAUCGUUGGAGGUGCGAACAUGAAGGGAUGGCCGGAGAAGGUGCGUCGGGAGGAUCUGGAGAUGGUGGUCAGUGCCGGUGUGGUGCUGCUCCAGCGGGAGAUCCCGGAUCGAAUCAACAUACAAUUUGCUGAGGCUGCCAAAAAUGCUGGAGUUCCAGUUAUUUUGGAUGCGGGAGGGGUGGAAGGUCCAAUUCCUGUUGAUCUCCUAAAAGCUGUUGACAUUUUUAGCCCUAAUGAAUCAGAGUUGGGACGUUUGACCGGAAUGUCAACUGAGAAUUUUGAAGAAGUUACUCGAGCUGUAAUGAGAUGCCAUGAAAUGGGUGUGAAGAAAAUCCUCUUAAAACUUGGAUCAAAAGGAUCAGCUCUAUUUAUAGAAGGAGAAAAAGCAAUAAGACAAGCUGCCAUCCCCGCAUCAGAAGUUGUAGACACAACCGGCGCCGGUGAUACCUUCACCGCUGCUUUUGCAGUGGCUCUCGUCGAGGGCAUGAACUUGAAAGGCUGCUUGGAAUUUGCUGCUGCAGCUGCUUCACUUUGCGUUGAAGUGAAGGGAGCCCUUGCAAGCAUGCCCAAUAGGACGGCUGUUUUGGAACGACUUCAAUCUGUUAAUGCAAAAGGUCAUCAUGCAUGCUAUUGAUAAAUGGCGGAAGAAUAAUUGUUCUCAUCUCCAGACUAAAAAGUUUGAGGUGCUGUGGGGAUUGUGCAUAAGAACAACUGUAAGUUUAUUGACCAAUCUUAUGAUGUUUGGCUACACCCAUGAUUCAACUUAAAUUGGAUUUAAUAAAUCCAUUAAAUCCUGUCAAUCUUAUUCAUUUAUUUAUA